UGGGGUGAGACACAAGAGAGGGAAGUAUGUUUUCAUCCCCUGCUACUUCUGAUUAUUAGAAAGUAUGAGCAUAAUUGGGACUACUAACUUCACUCUUUUUUGUUAUUUGAUGUGAGAAGAUGGAAAUUUAAAGGCAGACAAUCAAUGUGUCUAAAUCUGGAGUUCGAUUUAUAACUUCUGAGAAGAUUCAUCAGCAGGAACUAAAAAACAGAACCUUCUGUUGAAGUAAAUUGGUCCAUAGCCACAGAAGCUGCAUAACAGACACCACAGCACAGAUGCUGAAGUCUUCAUUAAAGGAUAUGUAAAGUAGUGAGGUGUGUUGGUGUCACUGCAUAGAGAAGUAAAGUCUGGAGCCCAGUUAAUGUUAAACUUAUGAGCAGAUAUUUUCCCCUCAGUGCUUGUUCACACACGCAGCCUCACCCCACCAAUCUAACAGGUUUAGGAGAAGCACCUUUUUUUGUCCCUGAGAAGGAGCUCUUAUUACAGGAAGUGAUUUCAGACUUGGGCAUUUUUUUUUUUUUUUCCCCUAACUCUCCUUUGCUACCAGUGACUGGGAACAAGCAAGAUUUAAGUUAAUGGUUAACAUGGCUACACAGAAAUUCUGACUUCCUCCUACUGAGGUCAGGACAGAAAACUGCCUCUGCUCGCAGAGGAAGAGACGAGAGCUGAGCAAAGAGCAGUUCACAUCACAGAGGGGCUGGAGAGCAGUAGCUUCACGCAAUAGAGAAAAGAGGAGGAAAAUCCAAAAAGAGCAAGAACUGUUUGCUGUAAAGAUUGGUAAGAACCAAGAUACUUUCUCUCCCACUUGGAUUGCUGACUCAACAGUUGUUGCUAACAAAACCCACAGGUGUGGUGAGUUGAGACGAUUUCAUUGUACCUGACUGCUUGGACUCGUGUGUAUUUGUGUAGGGAGCAAGGUGAGAAAAGAUUGAUUUGCUGUGGUAUCGAACAACAGAGUGGCUUUUCCUCCCUUUUCCUUCUCCUAGAGGUUGCUGAUGGCUAAACAGACAUCCUCUUCAGACUGUUCUCAUCUCAUUGACCACAGCCACGUCUCUGAGUUUGAGGUAUCUCCUUGGAUCAAGAUCACUUUGGCCUCGCUCGACAUCUGCAUCUUUGUGGCGGGCAUCUUGGGCAACAGCAUCACCAUCAAGGCUACCAGGAUCCUGCAGAAGAAAGGCUACCUGCAGAAGGAGGUCACGGACCACAUGGUGAGCCUAGCCUGCUCUGACCUGUUGGUCAUCCUACUGGGCAUGCCCAUGGAGUUCUUCAGUGCCAUCUGGAAGCCCUUUGCCACCCCAAAUGGCAACGUGGCUUGCAAGCUUUACUAUUUCCUCUUUGAAGCCUGCAGUUAUGCAACUGUGCUGCAUGUGGCCACCCUUAGUUUUGAGAGGUAUGUGGCUAUCUGCCACCCCUUCAAGUUCAAGGCAGUCUCUGGGCCCCGUAAAGUGAAGAUCCUCAUCGCUUUUGUCUGGGGGACAUCUGUCAUUGUGGCUCUGCCCCUCCUCUUUGCCAUGGGCACAGAAUAUCCACUGGAAAUCAUUGAGGACUAUCAAGGUGCAACUGCCUGUGCCAAGUCAACUGCCAGACACCACCAUCCCGAACUAAAGCAAAACAUGACAAUCUGUACCAGCCUCUCCUCCAAGUGGCCCGUCUUCCAGGCCAGUAUCUUCAGUGCCUUUGCAGUGUACAUCAUAGUGCUGGGGUCUGUUGCCUUCAUGUGCCGCAGCAUGAUGAAAACCCUGAUGAUCCACAAGAAAGGAACUGUGGCAGUGAAGGGCGAGCCCGGACAACAGGAGCAGUACCUAAGGAAAAGUGAGAGCUCAGAGGGCAAGAGCUCCAGGAGACAGAUCAUUUUAUUCCUGGGGCUGGUAACUUGA